UCUAGUGUAUUCGUGCCGUCUUUCUUCCAGACAACUUGCACAUCAUCAUCAUGAAGAUAGAAUUUGCGCCUUUGAAAAUGCCUUUACAGAGGCGGCUGGAGACUGCAGCUGUUUUACAAUGGGUUUUCUCUUUCCUGGCACUUGCGCCCUGUUGCUACAUUCUUUUCUUCCUACUGAUCUUUACUCGCUUUUGGAUGGUGAGUGUGAUUUAUGCCACUUGGUGGUUUUGGGACCGAGAGACACCAUCGCAUGGCGGGAGACAGUCCCAGUUUCUGCGCAGGCUUAGACUUUGGAGAUAUCUCAGCGAUUACUUUCCUAUUGAGCUGAUUAAAACUGCUGAUCUGGACCCCAGUCAGAAUUACAUUCUCGGCUUUCACCCUCAUGGAAUCCUAGUGGCUGGUGCUUUUGUGAAUUUCUGUACAGAAGCAACUGGAUUUUCUGUUCUUUUCCCUGGAAUGACCCCAUAUCUUCUAAUGUUGCCCUUGUGGUUCAGGACUCCAUUUUUCCGAGAUUACAUUAUGUGUGGAGGACUAAUUCCAUCAGACAAAGAAAGUGCAACCUAUUUGCUUGAGAACAAGCAAGGUGGAAGUGCAGUCGUCAUAGCUAUAGGGGGCGCUCCUGAGUCUCUUGAUGCCAGGCCUGGUGCUUUCACUCUACUGCUGAAAAAUAGGAAAGGAUUUGUUAGGCUGGCCAUAGAAAAAGGUGCUCAUCUUGUGCCAAUCUUCUCCUUUGGUGAGAAUGAAGUGUUUGAUCAAGUUGAGAAUCCUAGAGGAACAUGGCUGAGAUGGAUACAGGAGCGUCUACAGAAGGUGAUGGGUGUUGCACUCCCGCUUUUCCAUGCCAGAGGUGUCUUCCAGUACAGCUUUGGACUUAUUCCCUACAGGAAGCCAAUUUUUACAGUGGUUGGGAAACCCAUUAAAGUGAUCCAGAACGACAAACCCACUGAAGAGGAAGUGAACACUUUACAUCAGAAGUACAUUGAAGAACUCUGCCAGCUUUUUGAAGAUCAUAAAUCCAAAUACGACGUACCAGAGGAUAAGCACCUUUCUUUUAUUUAGAAAAGCAGCACAUUUCUUUCUUCUUCAUGAAAUGGCAUUAAAAGACUUUUUUUCUCAAAAAUACUGUGCCUCUAAUAACCAUUUGUUUUUAUUUUUUAAGCUGUCUUGCUGCUUUUAUUGUGCUAUUAAACAGAUUGUACUGAAUGUACAUAUUACUUGAAAUAAAAGUACAAAACAUUUCUAA